AUGAUGAAAAUGUUACCUUUUUUCCAAAGUGGUCCUAUUGGAAUACGCGAUGGAUCAGAGGGUUGCAUUGGUGCAAACAGGCAGCUUGAAAACCCUUCAACAUCAGUAGCUGAACAAGUCUCUGCCUGUCCUGAACCUUCUGGAGAAGAGAUCUGGUCCAGGGACCAGGAGAAGAUGAGUGAAAGGCCAGAGGCAGCCUGCAGACCCUCACGUGCAUCUUCCAUCACAAGCAAUGGGAGCUGCACCUCUGCUGGGGACAGCCUUGAGAAGGGGAGGAAAGGAAUAAAGGGAAUCCUUACAAGUGCACUUAAGAAGAUGAAAAAGACCAAGCCACCCAGUGUCAAGCAAGUCAUGGAUCUCCUUGAAGAGCACAAGCUUUGCGAUGCCGCUCAGCAUCUGAUUGUCCUGGAGAAGAGCCUGUCUAGCAAAAGUGAGGAGGGUCUGAACAUCAGCCAGCAAGAUGUCGAGUCCAUCUACGAAGUUCUGAAGCACAAAGUCUUCAGCAUCUUGAAAGACUCUAUUCUUCUGGCGAAAACAAACCCUGAACUGCUGCAGCAGGCAGUAGAUGUGCUGAAAGAACAGGAGAAAGAAGAUCAGAACUACAUGUUGGAGAAUCCACCUGACCAAAACAUGCAGGUUAGACCUAGAAAAUGGAAAGAGCUUUGGAUGGCUACAGUAAAGGAGUCAGUAGAGACUCGAAUGAAAGACACAAGUCAUACUCCUAGAACUGAGAACCUCUCUGCAGUUGGCCAGAACCUCCUGCACAUGGGAAAGACAAUGAAAGAAGAUUUGACGGUGGUUGUAAAAUACAUUAAACAGCUUUAUCCUCCGGAGUUUAACAUGUUCAGCACAUAUGCAGAACUCUACCACAAUUAUUUUGCCUCCCAGGCAAUGAAAAAUGCUGAGUCGCAUCUGGAAGACAAGGAUAUUUAUCUCCUCCUCUCAUGGGUGCACAACUUUUAUCCAAAGUAA